AUGAGAGACCCAGACAAGGAAAAAGCUAAGCCUCAACCUCCUCAAAUGUCUUUGCUAGAUAUGCUUCAAGACUCCGAGCUUCGCAAAAACUUCCUCGUGCUGUGCAAUAUGUGGUUCUGCGCUGGUCUGAGUACGUAUAGCCUUGAUUUGAACAGUGAAGAUAUGACAAGAAAUCUGUGGAUAGGACAGUUCGUGAAUGCAGCAUUAGCGUCGAUCGUACGAGUGAUCGUGGGCUUCGCUGACGAUAAGCUUCCUUGGCUAGGACGCAGACUGGUGUUCAUACUAUCUAUGGGCACAUGCAUCAUUGUAGUUGCCGCUUUGCUGUUCCAAAAUCUGAAUGGCAUGAAGGCACAAUUGGCUUCCUUUUUGAGAAUUGUUCAAAUUGUUGCAAAUGCUUAA